GAAGGGAAGAACUCAGCGCCACUCUAUGAUCCUAUUGGGAUCCGGAGGUGCCCUUGGCUUCUCUCUGAGCGCUUCCGGUUCCGCCGGCCGGACCGGUCGCCAAUGGCUGUGCGGUCUCCAUGGGGAUGGAAGAUGGCGGCCCGAGACCCAUAUCCCCUCCCCACGGGUGGGUAAAACCUCAUCCCUGGUGUGGCAACCUGCCCCAGCUCCUAUUCCUUGUCUCCUCCUCCCUGCUCUGGGGUGAUCCCGAGUCUCCAGGAAGGAUCCCUCUGCUCCAGUCUCAGGCUGUGCAUUCCAGAGCUCAGCUGUAGGGAGAGGCUGUGGUGCAGGAGGGGAGCCUAAGCCCCUCUGGCCCUGAGGAUGAGCUGGCUCUGUUCUCUGGAAUGCACACGCUGAGGGCCCGCAGCCCUGGGAAGGAAGAUGCUCCGGACUAGUAACUACAGCCUGGUGCUCUCCCUGCAGUUCCUGCUGCUCGUCUAUGACCUCUUCGUCAACUCCUUCUCGGAGCUGCUCCGCACGGCCCCCGUCAUCCAGCUCGUGCUCUUCAUCAUCCAGGAUAUUGCCAUCCUCUUCAACAUCAUCAUCAUCUUCCUCAUGUUUUUCAACACCUUCGUCUUCCAAGCCGGCCUGGUCAACCUACUCUUCCACAAGUUUAAAGGGACCAUUGUCCUGUCGGCGGCUUACCUGGUUCUGAGCAUCGCCUUCCAUGUCUGGGUCAUGAACCUGCGCUGGAAAAACGCCACCCACUUUGUGUGGACGGACGGGCUGCAGGCCCUCUUUGUGUUCCAGCGGCUGGCGGCCGUGCUGUACUGCUACUUCUACAAGAGGACGGCCUUGCACCUGGGUGACCCCCGCUUCUACCAGGACUCCCUAUGGCUGCGCAAGGAGUUUGCUCAGGUCCGCAGCUGAUGGCUUCCUCCAGGACCCAGAGCCGUGGCCGGUCCGUGGCUGCUCCCAGCUGGCUGGCAUGGUGCCCCCCGUUCCACCUGUGCUCUCUAUCGGCUGUCUGAGAAGCCAGUGUCUCUCAAGCCUGGUCUCGCGCUCCAUCCCACGAACUAAACAGGCUGGAGAGGUCCCAUCAAGAGACGUGUCAUCCUCGCACCUGCUACUUUCCUGGUUGCCCGCUCAGGCUCUCCCUCAUCUCCGAUACCUCAUUCCACUCCCCUCUUCCAGAUCAGCAAGCCACUCCUGCCCCUUUCUCUCUGGACCCAGCUGCAGCCUCUCUGAGGAGUGAUCCGAAGUGCCAAGCAGGUUUGGCUGAGGACUCCUGUCCUGUAACUGCAGCGUGGCUCCUCUUCAUCCAGAACAAUCCUUCCACCAACCCUACGCACAGCUCACUCGCCGCCUGACCAAUGGGGUCCUGUCGGUAUUGGCUCCAUUUGGCCUUCGCUUUGCAUAUCUGGUGGGAUGAGAUGCCAGGACUCAGCCUGUCCUAGCCGCUCAGCAUUAGGCCUGUCCUGGUGGUAGACCCUCCUUUUGUACCUGUGUAUUUUUGUAAAUUAUGAGACAAUAAAUUGGCUUCAUUUUCCAGAAA